UGCAUGUCUGUCUGUCUCUCUGUCUGCAUGUCUGCCUGCCUGCCUGUCUGCCUGUCUGCCUGUCUGUCUGCAUGUCUGUCUGUCUGCAUAUCUGUCUGUCUGUCUGCAGGUCAGAGCUCUCUACAGUUUCACCGCUAAAGAAACAGACGAGCUGGAGUUCAACGCUGGCGACGUCAUCACGGUCACGGAGUGCUCUGACCGAGGCUGGUGGACAGGCCAGCGGGGGGGCAACACAGGCCUGUUCCCCUCCAACUACACCCGGCCCCUCUGAGAGGAACACACACACAACUCAUGUAUCUCAUCAACACACACACACACACACACACGCACACACACACACACACUCAUACACACACACACACACUCAUACUCAUACACACACACACACACUCACACACACACACACACACGCACACACACACUCACACACACACACACACACACACACACACACACACACAACAUUUUCAAAUUGUAAAAUGUUUAAUUAAAGUAAGUUGACAAUAGUAAGGUUUUAUACAUGCUCUUGACCUUCCCUAUCCAGUGGUGGAUGUAACUCAGUACUAUACGUGAAAUGUCUAUAAGUACAAUGUUGACUUUAAACUUCUUCUACUUCUACACACCACAAUAUUCAUGUUCAACGAUAUUUAUUUAAUUGCUGCUUGUUACUCUUCAGAUUACAGUUGUACAUGAAAGGAAUGUAUCCAUUCAUAAAAUGUAAUGCGAUGUUGUAGAUUAGACUAUGUAACAUAUCCACAUUAAAAUCCUUUUAUCGUGUUAAUGCAUCAGUAAUAAUGUUGUGAAAUGUAUUUAAAUGGUGUCAUUGUGCAUGAUGAAAACUUUGACUUUUAAUACUUUAGUAGUUUAGUACAACAAUCUAGCAGUAUCCAUGUUGUAUUAUUGUAAUUUAGGAACCUUUCAAAUUGUAUUUGACGCUCAUCCUCCAUAAAACACGUGCAAACACAUAAUAGGGAUGACCAAGUGCAAAGGGAUAUAAGAAAACCAUAUGCAUGCAUGAAUGUUUAUACAUGCAGAACACACACCCAUUAGUUAAUAUGCACAACCUGUAGGUGAGUAAUGCAGAGUCAGUGUAUUACCUGGGCUGGUCUGUAGUGUGCUGCAUAAACAAGAGGUGACUUGGAAGGCAAAGAGAAACCGCUUCCAGCCCGGCAUGUUUCCACAGAACCAGCAUCACUGCUGCAUUUACGGUCCGUCUGUAAGUCGAUCCUUCUGAUUGGAUAUUCACAAUGUUAUCACUCCGGUAUUUAAAGGUGAGAUAAAGGUACAGAUGUUAAACAACAACAGGACAUGUUGAUUGUGUUCAGUAAUUUAAUCAAGGCUUCAUUUUACACUUUGACUGUCUCUUUGGCGUGCCUGUAUUCCAGUACUCUGUAUUCCAUUUUUACAUGAAGGCAACAUGGGUUGUCCGCGAGCCCCGCCUCUCUCCAACACGAGCAGGUAAGAAAACUUCCCCAGGCUGACUCUACCUGUCCGGCGUCCCACAGCGCAGGUAGGGGUUAGCAAACAGACCCCCCCCCCCCCAGGGAGGGAGAUACUUUCUGAGCUCCAGGUGACCGCCGCCACAGCCAUGGCCGAGUCCCAACUCAUGUGCAUGGAGGACGGCCGCAUCGGAGCCAAGGUCCCGGAGUCCAAACCGGAGUUCUACUACAGCGAGGAGCAGCGCGCGGCCAUCGAGGAGCUGCUCAAGAAUGGCGACGGCGCCUUCAAAAUGCGACUCAAUGACGACAAAAUGACAGACUUCUUGUCGGCCAGAGAAGUCAAGAUGUUGCUGAACACUUUCAAACUUUACGACUUGGGUGAUGACAGCAGCAGCCAAAGCCCGGAGCCCAGUGCGGAGCAGGCAGCCGCCGGCACCGACGCGGAUUCAGGGGUCCAUUCUACCUACUGGCCCCAGAUGUCGGACACCGAGGUGCCGCCGCUGGAUCUCGGCUGGCCCAGCGGGGGGUUCUUCAAAGGGGUGACCCGGGUGGCCGUGCACACACACCCGCCGAAACCCAACGGACCUCACAUUAAAGAGGUGGUGCGGCGACUCAUCCAGGAGGCCAAUAAGGUGAUCGCGAUAGCGAUGGACAUGCUCACAGACGUCCAGAUCCUGCAGGACCUGAUGGACGCGGCCGGUCGGCGCUCGGUGCCCGUUUACAUUGUGUUGGAUAACCAAGCUGUUCCACACUUCCUGGAUAUCUGCCACAGGCUGAAGAUCGGCUCACAGCACCUUCGGAAUAUCCGAACCAGAACGCUUCAAGGCAACGGCUUCAGUUUGUCCUUCGGCAGACUGCCAGGCUCGCUCUGUAACAAGUACAUGUUGGUCGACGGGGACAAAGUGGUGUUUGGCUCGUACAGUUUCUCCUGGUGUACGUCUCGUAUGGACCGGAACAUGAUCACUGUGAUGACGGGGCAGGUGGUCGACUCCUUCGACCAGGACUUCCGUGAGCUUUACGCCAUCUCUGAGAAGCUGGACCUCUACAAGGAGUUCCACAUCAGCCCACCGGCCACUAACGCUACAAUACGCUCCAAAGUGGGCUCAAAGCGCCCGCCUCUAACGGCGACCACAUCCCGCUUCCAGGUUAGCUUAGGGGAUUCGCGGAAACCUGGCAUCCAGGUGCCUGCACACAAAUUCUACAACCCCAAAUACUCACUGGUGUUCGGGGACAUCCAACGUCCAACGGGGUCUCUGCAGGAGCCUGGACCCAAGAGAGGCUUGGCACUGGCUGAGGUUGCUGAGGAAAUGGACCCGGGGAGGCCACGAGUGACCAGCAGCGAGCGGGUGGACCAGCUGAGUCCGCUGCCAUCAGAAGCCCCGAGUGAAAUCUUCAAGUUGCCAAAUGGAGUCACGCAGGACAAGAAGGGGCGAGUCGGGUGGAGGCAGAAGUUUUCCAGGAAGAAAUCAUCCAGUAAGGAUGUUUUGGAUCCCGACCCGGCGGGCAGUACGUGCCCGUCGCCCACAGAAACGAACAGGACGGACGAGAACGAGGACAACUUUGAGGUGAUCGUGAAAACUCCGUCCAAAUGGAGAAAUAAGAAAUUACUUAAAUCGGGCCGGACGACAAAGUCCACGCAAUCUGUCAACACUGCGCAGGACAAUGAGAGUGUCACGAGUCAACGUCGGAAACAGCCAUGUAAAGUGUCCUGAUGGAACCUGCAGGCGUCUCAACAUGGACUACAAACUGACACUGACUUUGAUUGUGCAAUAUUGUAAGUACUUGAUGCAGCGCCUUACAGAAAGACGCAUGAAUGUUGAGAGAUUUUAUCCGUUUGGUGCCAAAUUGAAAAUAUUGAGUCGACACUGCUCGGGUGUGUCGGAGAGGGUUAAUGAGUUAUUCUCUGGUGAUCGGUUGCAGCUUCAUUGUUCUUGAUGCUGAUAAACAAGAUGUUACGUUGAUCCUACUGGGGGGGGGGUUAUUUCUGCAAACAGAAGUUGUGUUCAGGUACAAGAGAAUUCAUGACCUCUUCAAACAUCCAAAAGGUGAAAAUGAGUCCAGAUCAGCAGGUCAAUGAUGAAAGAUAAAUAUGCACCUGUCUCACCGUGUAGUGAUGCAUUAUGGGCCUUUACAUGUGUGCAGUACUGUAAUAUGUUCUUAUGUGUUACUUCUACAGUGUGCUCAAUAAAUGCUUUCUGAUGAUGAAAAUAAUUAAAUUCUUUAUCGUAAGAUUGUCUAUAAAUUGUAGUCUGACAAUGAUUUUUAAUUUUAAAUAGAAUUUUUAUUUAAAUUGUAAUUGUUUUUCCUUUUUAAAAUUCAUGUAAUGUGAUGAUAGCUCCACCUAGUGGUGAGACACAGAAGUGCGUCGACAUUAAUAGGACGUUAAAAGUGAUGAUCCCGCCCCUGCUUCUCUUUUCUGGUCUUUGCAAACAGGUCAGACCUCAGAGAGGAACCACAGGCCUGAUGGGAACUCAGAGCAGAGUUAAGGGGCUGCGGGGGGGGGUUAGGGUUAUGGUGGUGCAACACUGAAACAGGAAGUCAGAGCUGCAGCAGGAAGAGGCGUUAACUAAUUCAUUAUAGGCAUGAACAUAUGUUAUUUCCUGUGAGAAUUACAUCUUAAUGUUCAUCUCAAAACACAACAAGUUCAGCGAGAGGGCUUUUCACUUGAUCAGAAUGUCAUCAAAUGUUCACUAUUGAUUGAUUAAAACAAACAUUUUCUGCUAUGUGUCACUUUAUCUUUAUAGAUUUGUAUGUUUUAAAACAGGAUCUUUAAACAAUGUAGG